AUGCAUGCAUACAUACAGUACAGUACCGUGCCAGCAUCCAGACGCAACAGUGAGAUAGCUAGACCGCCGCCCCAACAAAACAAACAAACAAACAGCAAACGCGGGCUGCUGCCUGCCGCCGUCAUCCCCAACCUUGAUCCCCCCCCCAAUGAUCGACCCGCGUUAUUCAGCAAAAGACUCGAGUGAUUAUUUUUACCGUAUCUGAUCCGCUGACUCAGUCCUCCUCCUGCCGUCCGAGGGCUGUGUUGUGUUGCGCGCGCCUCGUUCCCGUGGGCAGCGGUAGCAUCCAAGAAGGCUCGAUUUUUUUUUGGUUUGGCAUUUCACGUGAGCAGGACGGAUAUCAGUCCACAGCAGCCAUCCAGCCAGCCAGCCAGCAGCAGCAGCACACCGCGCAGGCUGCUUCCCGGGUAGGGGAACCCUUCCUUCACGAUUCUACGCCACACCAGGUUCGAGACGUUUUUCCACGUCUCUGCAAUGGAUCCCGCCACCCACACGCACUGCAUCCUGCUAAUAGACCUGCCCCCUGCCGCCCUUGCCGGCAUCGAUCUCCUCUCCUUCACCACCACCCCGCGCUUCCGCGGCGUCAAGAACCUGCCCCCAGGCCUUCACUUUGUCUUUGCCGCUAGCGACUCUUCCCUGGCCGUGCGCCAUGGCGCUUGGUUCUACGUCUCCCCCGGAUCCGGCCCGCCC